AUUAAAUGUGACAUGAAUUGUUAUUAAAAAAAAUUAAAUUUGAACAUUUUUUAAUAAAAAUGGUGCAAAACACAAAAGAACAACAAGUGGUGCCAGUGGCGUACGUGCCUGCAGUUUUGCGCAGUGGGAGAUUGCGUAUCCGUUACGUGAUGCCACCACCUCCUCCGACUGCACAUCUGACUCUUCGAGAAGAAGAUGUUGUCCGAUUGGCACUCGAGUUCCUGCACAAUCGAGAUCUGCACAUUGCACAAUUGGCCCUGGAGAGAGAAACUGGAGUUAUAAAUGGUAAUUUUAGCGAUGAUGUCCUAUUCCUCAGACAGCUCAUCCUUGAUGGACAGUGGGAUGAUGUAUUGGAAUUUAUACAGCCGUUGGAAGCCCUUCCUGAAUUCGAUUCGAGACGAUUCAGUUACAUAGUUUUAAGACAUAAAUAUGUUGAACUGCUUUGUAUUAAAUCAGAAGCUGCACAGGUUAGCAAUGUUGACAGUGCAGUGGACGAAGUAGUUCGAGUCCUAAGUGAUUUAGAAAAAUAUGCCCCUAGCAAAGACGAAUACUCAAACCUAUGUCUGUUACUAACUCUUCCCCGAUUGACAGACCAUUUAGAAUACAGAGACUGGAACCCGAGUAAUGCAAGAGUUAGAUGUUUCAGGGAAGUUUAUCCCUUAGUCGAGAAAUUUUUAUCAAGUGCUACCACAACUAAUGGUGCCUUGAAUGGACAGGAUAAAUUUGGUGGACAACAAGAGGCUAAAAAUGAUAGGCUGAUACAGUUGAUUAUUAAAGGAGUGCUUUAUGAGUCGUGUGUAAAUUAUUGUCAGGCAAAGGCUACAGGAUCAACAGUUAAAGACACAGGAUCAAAUCCAUCCACCAAUUCGGGUUCCCAAACAAAUUGUGGGUCCACAAUAACACAAGAGAUGAGUUUUUCAAGACUGCUGGAUGGUUCUUUAGGAUUCUCUGACUCUGAUUUAAGUUUGCUGUCCUGGUUACAAAGUAUACCAGGAGACACAUUUGCUGUGCCUUUUGAACAAAGGACUUUAAAUGUGGAUGUUGAAAGAUUAGAAAGGCCUGCACUGGAUGCAUCCUGGACUGAACAUAUGCUGGUUGUGCCCAUUAAACCAAGAUCCUUCCCACAUUCUGCAAUGCCUUUUACUAGGCCAAGAAGUGCUGCUGAUGCUAUGACCAGAUCAUUGAUGCCUGGUUUGGAUGGUUUAGGCUCCACUGGACAUCCUGAUGGAGCAAACUCAGACUCAACAAAUCCAGGAGGUGUUAUGUCCAGAUCAAGUUUUGCCAGUUUCCAUUUAACUGGUGUUAAAAAUGGUAAACUAAUGUCUUCAAGUGUUGACAGGUUAUUUGAAAAUGCAGGAGACGGUGAAGUAUUUUUAAGCAGUAGCUAUGCUGAUUUUCAUAACCCUAUGCCUGCCAUACAUGAAGGAGUUGCUAAAUCCAGAUCACCAGACCUGUCACAGGCAUCAACACCAGAGCACCACCUGCCUCGACCAAAUGCUCCAAACAGUGGCAGAGACACACCACCUUCAACAAACAACUCAACAGCUCGGUCAUCUAGGAGGGACUCCUUAAAUGACUCCAAUAGAACUUACGCAGUACCUCACCAACAUCACACACAGCACAAAGAAUCUCCUCAGCAACAGUACCAUGCAGUAGUCCACAAUUCAGAAAAAAUCUAUGCCAGUCCCCACCAGGAUAAAAACCAAUACCAUUCUAGCCUGGAUCGAAUGGGUGGAGGAGCCAGGAAUGAAAGUCCAAUACAUAAUAGGACUGUCACAUCAUCUCCUGUACUUGGUGGACAGAUGAAGUCAAUGCAGAGCCCAACAAGGGUUCCUGGUGCUUCACCACCAUUAAAUCACAGGCCUGUCCCAAAUCAACAAUCAGCACAAAUCCCUUAUGCCAACUCGGGUUUAGGGAUUAUCACAUCCAACAAUACCCAAGUGCAAUAUCAGCAAGCUAAUGGUGACAAUUCAUCAGCAAGAACUGGUGAACUGUUAAGGGAGUACCACCAGAAGCAGAAGUUAAGAACCAGUGACACAAAUGGGGGUCCCAAGGAGGUGAUGAUGCAGCAGCAUCAGCAGCAGCAGAUGAGGGGGAAACAGUUUAUACAGGGAGGAGAUGGAUUGGCGAGAUCACCGCAACCACCAUGUAAACAGAACAUAUACGAUAAGCCGAUUCCCCAAUCGCAGCACAGAGACCAGUCGCCCAAUGCCCAAGUACAUCCGGCCAGGACAACGAAUCCAGUGGCUGACCAGUCACCAGCAACCAACAAUGCCACCAAUUCGCCAGGAACUGCCAAUAGGCCGCGUUUCGUGGCAGUCACCACUUUGGAGGAUGCCCAAGCUGUGAGAUGCGCAGAGUUCCAUCCCAAUGGACGACUUUAUGCAGUUGGAUCGAAUUCGAAAACGUUGAGGAUCUGUGCUUAUCCUUCUUUGAACGAUGUCAGGGAGCAGCAUUCGACGUACCAGCCUACUGUCCUGUUCAAGAGGACGAAGCACCACAAGGGCAGCAUCUACUGUCUGGCCUGGUCGCCAGCUGGUGAUCUGAUGGCUACGGGGUCCAAUGAUAAGACGGUGAAGUUGAUGAGGUUCAAUGCGGAUACGGAGAAUUGGAAGGGCAGGAGUCGAGUUGACUUGCACGAUGGUACCGUGAGAGACUUGUGCUUCCUCGAAGACUCCACAAACAAAUCAAGCCUAUUAAUUAGUGGGGGCGCCGGUGACUGCAAAAUCUACGUCACCGACUGCGAAACGGGAACACCCUUCCAGGCUCUGAGUGGGCACACGGGCCACAUUUUAUCUCUGUACAAUUGGGGCGGAGCCCUAUUUGCCAGUGGCUCUCAGGACAGGACAGUCCGUUUCUGGGACCUGAGGACCAGGGGCUGCGUUAACACGGUGACGCCUGCGGCAGGACCCAGUGCCAGGGGUUCUCCUGUGGCUGGUCUCUGCGUGGACCCUAGUGGAAGACUCCUGGUCUCUGGUCACGAAGACAGUUCCUGUUUAUAUGAUAUCAGGGGCGAUAGACCAGUACAAUGUUUCAAACCUCAUGCCUCUGAUAUUAGAUCGAUCAGGUUUUCGCCAUCUUGUUAUGAUCCAACCCCAACCAUGAUAAACCGUAAACCAUACCACCAGAGCAAUCAUUCACCAAAUUCUGCACCAAAGCAUUACGCAGAACGCCCUUGGCCACCAACAUAUAAACAGGACACACCUUUGUACCCAACCAAGAACCAAACUAAACAUGAAGCCUUGAGCAGGAACCAUUAUGGACCAGACACACCUUUGUACCCAACCAAGAACCAUAAUGUACCAAGCAGGAACCAUUAUGGAUCAGAUACACCUGUGUACAAUGGUGGUAACUAUGGUCUGGUCAACCAUCGUCCGUUUUCCUUAAGAAACCACCAGUAUGGUAAAAACCAACAGCACCAGAAGUUGCAGUAUUGGUCCAAAAACACUGUGCACAAAGAAAGAACUGAUUAUGGGUACGUCUCCUACCAGAAUGGUGACUGCAAAGGUAGAGACUACUAUUACUUAGAAGCUCCUCCCAAGAAACCUUUUGGAUUCUUCAAUUCCAAGUCCAAACGCAACUCCUUGGCUUCAUCCAGGGAUGACUCUAACUUCGCCAACGAUUGUCCUUGUUCCAGGUCUCGUUCUGUUGAUGACCUAACUGCUGAGGAUGAGAAUGGUAACGCUUCUUCCCUCACCAUAAUGGUGAUCUUCAUGCCAAGGGAGGUUGGAUGUUGGCACUAA